AGCAGUCUCGUGCAUGCAUUUUUUCCCACUUCUCUUCAGCGUUUAUGUAACGGUGCUUUGCUUUGCAUGCACUUUCUCUCUCUAAAAUAAACUCACACCCUCUACUCUCUCUCUCUCUUUCUUCCCAAAAACACAACAUUAAUUGACAUCUCUUUUUCUCUGUGUCACUGUGUGUGCAUGGUUGUUCUGUUGCAGCACACAGAAAGCACUGCAUAUAUAGUUGUUUUCUCUUUGAGGGUUUUGACUUUGCAGUGGGAGUGAGGGGUUGAUUUGUGUGCGAUGGAGGUUGAGGUUUGCAUGAACGUUUCGUGCAAGAAUGGCUAUGCGAGAGAAUGGAAGAAGGGGUGGCCUCUGCGAUCGGGUGGAUUCGCUAGACUCUGCCACAAGUGCGGAUCUGCCUAUGAAAAUUUAAUUUUCUGUCAGAAAUUUCACCUAUAUCAAACAGGGUGGAGAGAGUGUUCCUUUUGCAAUAAGACUGUCCACUGUGGAUGUAUAGUAUCAAGCUCUAUGUUUGAGUACCUUGAUUAUGGAGGAAUAGGUUGUGCUACCUGUGUGAAGACUUCACAACUUAAUUUGAUACGGGAUACUAAAAACACUAUUGGGUCUGUUAGAUCAAUAAAAAACAAUGCACGCAAUCGUCAUACUGAACAUAUCGAUGGUAGAUUAUUGGUGGACAGUGCUGGCAAAGGAAACCUUAUGCUGUUGCGUAGAGAUGUUGAAGCUAGUGAAUCCAUCCGUUGGCCUCGAGCAGAGAGAGAUGGCAUAGAUUCAUGUAUUGGUCCAAACAGGCAAGAGGAUAGAAGAUUUUCAAAUGUGGUGAAACUGUCUGGUCAUUCAUUAAAUUUUACAACAUUGGAUCAUAACAGACCAACAUGGGAGACACAAACUAUGCACAAAUCAAGUUCACUGAAUAUGUCUCUUGGAACCUCAUCAGGAAAUUCUGUCCAGCCUUCUGCUUUGGACAUUGCAGAAAGGAGACUUGAGGAUAAAGCAUCCUUUUGUCCCUUUCCUCAAGGGCAAAGAUCUCUCUCCAUAUCUAAAUCAUUGAUGGAUGGGAUAACCAUGAAUCUGGAAGAUAGCAAAGAUGUGAUUUCUCAGGAACGCGUUGCCCGGCUACCUGCUAAUGGGAAACCCAAGAAUCUGUUACAUUUUCGAUACUGGCCUAGGAUUACAGGUCAAGAGCUGGAGAAAUUGUCGGGAGAUUUGAAGUCUACUAUAGUGCCAUUGUUUGAGAAGGUAUUGAGUGCCAGUGAUGCAGGUCGAAUUGGUCGACUUGUUCUCCCAAAAUCUUGUGCUGAGGCUUACUUUCCUCCUAUUUCACAGUCAGAAGGUCUUCCUUUGCAGUUCAAAGAUGUGAAGGGAAAUGACUGGACAUUUCAGUUCAGAUUUUGGCCUAAUAACAAUAGUAGGAUGUAUGUAUUGGAGGGAGUAACCCCUUGCAUACAGGCCAUGCAAUUAAAUGCUGGUGAUAUUGUAACAUUUAGUCGGAUAGAUCCUGGAGGCAAAUUUGUCAUGGGUUACAGAAGGGCAUCAGAUUCUAUGGAUACACAAGUUGAUGCCUCUACUUUUGCUCACUCCAAUGGUUUUGCAACAAAGGAAGCAACCUUUUCUGGUGCAACUGCAAAUCUGCACUCAGGAAAAAGUUAUCCUGAUCUUCUCCAGACAAGGAAUGGAAAUGGCGAACCUUACUUAAAUGGAUGUUCAGAACAUUUGCGUUUUGGUACUGGAACUGCUGAUUGUCUACAAACUGAAAAUUGUGAGAUGGUAAACAAUGAUUUGCUGCAGCAAACAAUUUCAGUUUCUGAGAAGACUCUAAAUAUUGCACCAAAGAGUAAGAGGUUGCUGACACAUAAUGAAGAUGCUGUGGAGUUGAGAAUUACAUGGGAAGAAGCACAAGACUUGCUUCAUCCACCACCUAGUACCAUGCCAAGUGUUGAAACAAUUGAGGACAAAGAAUUUGAGGAAUUUGAGGAACCCCCGGUUUUUGGAAAGGGGACUACAAUCAAUGACCCCCCAUCUGGGUCUUUGAGCUCUGCAUCAGAGAAAAUGAGUUCAAUGGACUUAGAAAAUAUUCCAGUAACCAGCAAAGAUUCUAAAAAGCGAAGAAUUAUGGAAAAACUUGAUUCAUCAGCUGGUGCCACAACCAAGCAUCCAAGGCACUGUUCUGGAUGCACUUGCAUUCUGUGCAUUCAGCCCCCAAGUGGAAAAGGAAGACAUAAGCCAACAUGCACGACCGUGAGGCGCCAAUUCAAGACCCUUAUGAAGCGUAAGAAGCAACGCGAAUCAGAUGCUACUCAAAAUGAUCAGAUUCAUCACAGUGAUGAGGGAGAUACCCAUGGUGCAUCAAGAGAGGGUGCAAUUGCAAGUAACUUGGAGAAUGAGGGAAGCCUCAACAGAAUGGAUGAACUCGGUACAGGACAAAUAGACCUUAAUAGUCAUCCGGAUCAUGAAUAAUACAUGCAGGUGGAUAUGUGAUUCGAAUAGUGUUUCGAUUCAUGUAUUAAAUAUUUGGAGGAAAUUAAAAUUUUUCGUUAUCAUAAUAGUUCUAUCUGAUUUUAUUGUAAUGGAUGGAUAGUUAUAUGGUUUGUAUAUAAAGGAAAAAAAAAAAAACCAUUUAGUAAU